AUGGCUCGUCUAUUCUUGAUUACUGGUUGUUUAGCUCUAUUAAUGAUUGGCUCAUUUGCGGAUAAGGAAUAUGAAGCACAUGGCCAUGGCCAUGAUCAUCAUCAUCAUGCCCAUGAUGGACAUGAUCAUCAUGAUCUUGAAUCACACAAAAAGUUAUUUGAUGCAAAAAUUCAGGAUGGACAAGAACAAGAUGAGAAACUUCGUAUAAUUGCAAAUAAAAUUGAUACUGAUAGAGACGGAAAAGUAUCUCAUGAUGAAAUGCGUGUUUAUGUUGAGCAACGUGUCAAAGCCCUAAAUGAUCGUGAAGCAGAUGAUUUAAUAUCUACACUUGAUCCUAAAAAUACAAAUAAAAUAACAUUUGAUGCAUAUUCCCGUGAAUAUUUUGGUGAUAUUGAACGUAGCCAAUUCAGUAAUCCGGAUAAAUUAAAUUUAAAUUUACGUGAAAAUAAACGAUUAUAUUUAGCAGAUAAAGCAAAAUGGGAAUUUGUUGAUACCGAUGGAGAUCUAGCAUUAACCUAUGAUGAAUUUCGAACAUUUCUUCAACCUGAAGAAAAUGAAGGAUUAGCUAAAAUUGAAGUAGAUAGUAUGAUUCAUGAAUAUGAUGACGAUAAAGAUGGUAAAAUUUCGAACGCUGAAUAUAAAAUAAUGACUGAAGCUGAAGCUGGUCAAGCUGAUUCUUUAACUUCAGAAAUUGAUACCAAUAAUGAUGGUUUUGGUGAUUUCGAUGAGUUUUCUGUGUACUAUUUACCAUCAAUAGAAAAAACAGUAAAUGAAGAAACUGACCAUUUAAUGAAGGAAUGUGAUACUAAUAAAGAUGGUUAUUGUACACCUGGUGAAAUUACUUCAGUUUAUUCAACAUUUGCUGGCUCACAAAUAACUGAUUUUGGUGCCGAUCUUGAAAAACCGAAAGAAGAACUUUAA